ACUUCCAAUUCACAAUCACAAUCCAGCCACAAACAGCAAUUCAAUCGUCAAGAAAAACGCAAAUGGGAAUCACACUAGGCAACCCACAAUCAAUGUCCGAGUCUCACUAUAACACCCAGAAGAUCUUCUUGUUCUCCAACUACAUUCUAUUGGGAGCAGCCUCUAGUUGCAUAUUCUUGACCCUUUCGCUUCGAUUGGUGCCUUCAAUAUGUGGGUUUUUUCUGAUUCUGCUUCACAUCUUGACCAUUGUUGGAGCAGUUUCAGGUUGUGCUGCUGCAUCAGCAGGGACUAAUAGGUGGUACGCUGCACACAUGGUGGCCACCGUGCUCACAGCAAUAUUCCAAGGUUCAGUAUCAGUGUUGAUCUUUACUAGAACGGGGGAUUUCCUGUGGCAGUUGAAGUCGUAUGUACGGGAAGAAGAUGGGGAGGUGAUACUGAAGCUGGCUGGUGGGCUGUGUGUGCUCAUAUUCUGCUUGGAGUGGGUGGUGCUUACUCUUGCAUUUUUCUUGAAGUACUAUGCUUAUGUGGAGGGCGACGUUAGUAGUGGGAAUGCUGCCAUGAAGAGAAGUGCUAAGGUCCAGCAGGAGGAGGACUUGAAGGAUUGGCCUUGGCCUUUCCAAGUCUAAAUUUAUAAUUUACAUGAAUCUGGUUGUGGUGCUGCUGCCACAUAAUAUGAUUAUUAUUAUUUUUUUCAUUCAAUUAUUUAUUUAAUAUUUUUUUUAUGGGAUGCAUUGGUUUGUGCAUGAAUGAGAUUUAAUGAAAGCAUCUUCCUUUCUUU